UUUUAAGGAUGGAUGAGGAAAUGGACAUAGACGUGGUUGCCGAUGAGAAUGGUCAGCAGGUGAACUCUGUUCCAGAAGCAGCUAAUCGAGCUGUAGAAGAGCCACUCGAUGACGAGGAUGAUGACAGGACUUACAGUGGGUCUUCGAAUGGAUCGUCAUUUGGAGAGGAUGAAGAUGGUGCUCCAGUGGUUUCGCUGAGGAAGAAGAAUUUCAAUGCAACGCCUACGGUUCGCGCAGCGCCUGUGGAGUUGCCCACCAAUACCCGACUGAAAGUAAAAGUGAACAAAUUAUUCGUAACGGCAGAGUGGAAGUGGAUUGAAGGUGGUGAUGAUACUUGUGGCAUCUGUCGGAUGCCUUUUGAAGCAUGUUGUGUAGACUGCAAAUGUCCAGGCGAUGAAUGUCCGCUGGUACUUGGCCAAUGCAAACAUCCUUUCCAUAUGCACUGUAUUGUCAAAUGGACUGAUGCACAAAACACUCCAAAACCACAGUGCCCACUUUGCAGGCAAGAAUGGAAGUUUGUGGAUUAAUUCGUCGUAUUUGUGAAGAAAAGACAAUGAGCUAAAGUGCGGGUAUUAACAUUUGAAAAUUAUUUUUAUAUGUCUUCACCACAUAAAGGUCUU